AUGAAAUUCUUUGUUGUAUUCGCUGUUAUCUUUGUGGCUGUUUGCUGCCUUGCCAGCCAGGCUAAAGGAUCACCUGUGGAGGAUGCGAAAUUUGUCCAUGGAGCUGAAGCGUUGAAGCAACUGGAACCGGAGUUACAUGGCCGUUAUAAGCGUGCCACCUGUGAUUUGUUGAGCGGGACCGGUGUCAAUCAUUCAGCCUGUGCUGCCCACUGCUUGUUGCGCGGCAAUCGUGGUGGCUAUUGCAAUGGCAAGGGUGUGUGUGUUUGCCGUAAUUAA